AAUCCAAUUCAAUUGAUUAAUGAAGGACUGGGACGUGGGACCUGAACCUCCUGUCAUUCCUGACUUCACCUGAAGGGAAUAAGUGUAAACUGCUGCCGUGCUAAGAUGUUGCAACCAAUUUUAUCAAACUUAGGAGGGAAGAGAAUUGUUUUGGCUUCAGGCAGUCCAAGACGAAAAGAUAUUCUUGCCCGUAUUGGUUUGACCUUUGAAGUUAUUCCAUCGACAUUUGAAGAGAAUCUUGAUAAAAGUUUGUUUACCCCUGAAGAAUAUGUUCAGGAGACUGCGAAAGGGAAGGCUCUGGAGGUUGCUGAAAGGUUAAAAGGGCCUUCAAUGCCAGACCUGAUUAUUGGAGCUGACACAGUGGUGGCUCUUGGAAAUAAGAUUCUUGAAAAGCCUCAAAGUGAAAAGGGUGCCAUUGAAAUGCUUACGGAGCUGAGUGGAUCAACGCACAAAGUUCAUACAGGCAUGAUACUGAUAAAACAAUGUGAUGGGGAAUUGACCACAGUUAAAUUCUUUGAGACAACCGAAGUCAUGUUUGCUGAGCUUACACCAGAUAUUGUCAGAGGAUAUGUGGCUACAGGAGAACCAAUGGAUAAAGCAGGAGGCUAUGGGAUCCAGGCAAUAGGGGGAACGCUGGUGAAAGGCAUCAUGGGAGAUUAUUUCAACGUGAUGGGAUUCCCGCUUCAUCACUUCUGCUGUAAGAUGCUUGAACUCUUCGGGAAAAGCUGAUGUUACAUCAUGCCCAUCAAUGCCACUUUUGGUCGAUCACAGGGCAAAUUGUUGGCUAUUCAUUCAAAUUUUAGAGAAACUCUGAAUAAACAAAGAAAAAAGGUUUCUUUAUAAAAGACACUUUUAAUCCUCCUCUUGCAUAAGUGCUGCCAUUACAGUUUUUUACCUGUUGAUGAAGCAGGGGAACUGAGGAUCCUACAUCCAGAGCUAAACCUUAUACAAGAAAUACCCCAUUAUAUGCCUUUUUCUAAACUUCAGCCACAAUACACGUGGUCUGCUAAAUUCUGUGUAAAAAUCAUGAGAAGUCAAAAAAUAUCCAAACUUUGAUUACACAGUAUAUUUCACAUAUUUCCUGGCCCCCUUUUCACGUUUCAUGUUUCAAUGGUACAGAAAAUUAUUGUUAGCAGAUAAUAUUGAACUAUUUGAGGACCAAAAGUGCUGUUAAAGGUAUACGUUUGUGGGAUUCAAGAGGGCGCUGUUGGACAUACGUACCCGCUGCACGCGGUUCCAGCUGCCAAUUGUCAACAACGUUAUAAUACGCAGAUGCCAUGUUCUGAAUGCCCAAGCUCCCGACGACAAUUCUGAGUUUGAGUAUGCUUCGGCUGCUGUUUGAAGAUCCUGGCAUAUUGGCUUCACCUUCUACUGUGUGAAGUGAUGUCAGCAGAUGUUUGGACCAAUGCUGAUGUAGCCAUAAGCAGCACAGCGUAUGUGUACUGUUCAUGUGUGCAUCUGCUUCGCGACUGGCUGAUGAUUGACAGCUGCAUGCAAAUUUCAUCAAGGAUCUUUGUAAAGAAAAUGUUCUUAAAUAUUUCAAAAUAUUCUGCUUACAGUACAGCUUGUGACAAAACCAUCCAACAUCGCCCUCUUAAAUCUCUUAAAUGUAAAAGUUUAGUCUCAUUUUAACCACACAUUUGUAUCAGACUUCAGAAUAGUGGUUAAUCUAUACAUCCCUGUAGAUUUCCAGUGUGGCUUGGCAUGAAAGAUAUGCAGUGUAAUUAAUUAAUGGACUAUCUUUUAACUACAUGUGUUUGGUUCCUUCGAAGAAAUGUCAAAAAAUAUCAAACAAAGCUUAAAUAUUUUUUUUUUCUGUUGCCAUUAAGGGCAAUGAUGUGAAGUAUGAGUGUUUUGGAAUCUUAUCUGAGAUAUCCGGUUACCCAUUCACCUCACCUGGCUUGUAAUAUUAGUUUUGAUACAUUUUGUUGUGCAAAGUAUUUCUAUUUCCUUUAU